GCUGUUAUAAUUUCAAACUGUCACUAACGAGGCGACCGACUGAUGUUUUGUUCGUCUGCCGUGAAAUACAACCCAUGAUCCUCGGCUGAGCCUCCUCUUCUCACUGUCUUUCUUUAUUUCUCUUCCUCUCCGCUCAGACGUGCCAGACAGGAAGAUGAACUUAGACGAGGAGGAAGCCAAGCGGAUCGCCGAGAUGGGAAAACCGGUGCUGGGGGAACACUCCAAGCUGGAAGUCAUUAUUGAGGAAUCAUAUGAGUUUAAGAGCACAGUGGACAAGCUGAUCAAGAAGACCAACCUGGCACUGGUGGUGGGAACCAACUCCUGGAGGGACCAGUUCAUGGAGGCCAUCACAGUCAGUGCAGCCGGAGAUGAGGACGAAGAGGACACGGGGGAAGAGCGGCUGCCGUCCUGUUUCGACUACGUCAUGCACUUCCUCACCGUCUUCUGGAAGGUGCUGUUCGCCUGCGUCCCCCCCACGGACUACAUGAACGGCUGGGCCUGCUUCUUCAUCUCCAUCAUCAUCAUCGGCCUGCUCACGGCCGUCAUCGGCGACCUGGCGUCUCACUUCGGCUGCACUAUCGGCCUCAAGGACUCGGUCACCGCCGUGGUGUUCGUGGCUCUCGGCACGUCUGUCCCAGACACUUUUGCCAGUAAGGUGUCAGCCGUCCAGGACAGCUACGCGGACGCCGCCAUCGGGAAUGUGACCGGCAGCAACGCCGUCAACGUCUUCCUGGGCAUCGGCAUCGCCUGGUCAGUGGCGGCCAUCUACUGGCACAUGAAGGGAAAGCCGUUCGUGGUGCAGGCCGGCUCCCUGGCCUUCUCCGUCACCCUCUUCACCAUCUUCGCCUUCCUGGCCAUCUCGGUGCUGCUCUACCGGCGCCGGGCCCACAUCGGCGGGGAGCUGGGCGGGCCCCGGGGACACAGACUGGCCACGACAGCCUUCUUUUUCAGCCUCUGGUUACUUUACAUCUUCUUCUCCAGCCUGGAAGCCUACUGUCAUAUAGAGGGCUUCUAG